AUGGAUCCUGCCUAUGAUCCUGCCCAAGAUGUUUCAAUAAUGCGAAAGAUACAAGUUGCCUGGCAGGGAGCAACAAUGGGUAAGGUCAAGAAACCGAGGGGGGCUGCUCAAAAAGUCUCUGCCAUUCUUUCUGAGUGCGAGCCACAGAUCAUAAAAGUGGUCAAUGCAUCAACACUCCUGGAUGUCGAUGCUGCAUGGGGUGUGCUUCUGAGCCUUCUGGCACAAAAGGCAGGCAUAGGAAAGAGCCAGGUUGAGGGUGUACUACUUGCCAGAGCCAAUAGCUUAGCUGAGGGUGCUGUGGAGGCCUCUCGUGCACAGUCACUCAGUGUACACCCACUUUACACUACCCUUUGCAAAGCUAUCAAAAAAUUUGAUAGUUUCGGGCCACAACGAGCCUCACACAACCAAAAACGGCAAUUUGCAAGGGUACUCCAGUUUGGUCAGCACUCCAAACUAGAAGAUCUUGUCAAUGGAGGGAAGUUUUCUGUCCAUAGGAUUGAGUUUGAUGAAAAUAGCGACACUCGUUUUAAGACAUGUACCCAACGUACAUGGCUUAUUGACGUCUCAGGUGGUGGUAAGCCCCAUAAAGUUGAUCGGCAGUGCAAACAAUUCAAGGUGGGAGGUGAUAAAUGGAUGGUCCUUGAUGCCAACAGUUCUCAUAUUGUCCUUAACCAAAAGGGCCAGCUAGAGCUCAUUGCAGUACGAAAUGCCACCAGUUCACCAGAACUCUUGGCUGAGAUGAGUGAGACGAUCAAGAAGCAUGUUGGGGAGCGACGUGAUCUUAGGCCCACCCACCCUGGCUCUCUGUAUGCUUUCGGUAUCAGUGCUGGGGCACGUCACUGUCGCAAGUUUGGACAUACCAAGUUCACAAAACAGUCAAAAUAUUCAGAAUCUGAAUUGCAUGAGAGUGACCAGGACCUACUGGGCCUUGCUUCCCUUGCAUGGGCUCUAGUCAUGUCCAGGUUGCCUGUUGAGAUUAUAAAGGAGUUUGCUGAUGGACUGAAGGACAGUGGUGUUCCUUCCCUUUUCUCACCAUCCAUUGAAAGUGGUUUUCUUGCCAUCGUGAUCCUGCCUAUAUUAACUGGGUAUUUGGAUUAUGUACAUCACGCUCAGUCAGACCUGGGUGUACUCACAAUGGUGCAGACUUUGUUGAUCCACAUCCAAGCUGCAUAUGAAGCUGCACUGAAAGAUGGCUAUGAAGCCAAGCCUAUUUUUACAUGGGAGGGUGUUGACAUUGAUCCUAAUGUUGGGAGUGACUUACCAGGCGGAGGUGGUUUCUUACACACCCCCUUCACAUUGGAUUGA